AUUAUUCAAUAUUAAUCAAUUGCGUGGCUUUCCUGCAGGUGAAACGGCGAGAUUUCCGUCGUCGCACACGUUUGGUUACGGCUGGCAAAUCCAGCUACUCUGUUCAAUUUCUUCUCGGAGCUGACAAUUCCGACCGUCGACAGACGCCUAUGAAGCUUCAAUUUUUUUUCUCCGCAAUGAGCAGAAACUUGAAAUACUGAUAAAUUACUUUUUACAUUCAUUUUCAAUAAUGUAUGCAGUAAGAUAUUUACAGCCAUUUGGGACUUCUCUGGCCUCUAUUACCUCUCCUUACUUCCAUCUCUAUCGUUCCACAAUCCCAUUUGAUGGAAAAUUUGCACCUUUGAAGAUCUUCAUGAGAUGCCUAAAGCCUCAGAUGUACAGUCGGGUGUCAAAGUUCGCUGGGGGAUCUAAUUUUGAGACAUUCCACCAUUACUUUAGAAAAGUACAAAAUUCAGGGCGCAGUUACACUUUAUGGAGUGCAUUUGGUUUGUCGGCUUUGCUUGGAUCUAUUAAGCUUUCUCCUCGCAUUGCAUAUUCUUCUGAUGGUCUUGAUGGUCUAUUGGAUGACCAUCAUUUGGGCAUGUUCGGUGAUUCAGAUACUGAAGAAAACCGUCGAUCUCUCUUAAUGACUUUAAGGAAGCUGUUGGUUCCUCUCUUGUUUGUGAUUACUGUGUUGAUGAACUGGGGUCAUCCAUUAAUUAUUGCAACUAAAGUCACUAUUAUUCUUCUUACGACAAAGCCAAGCCCUUUAUCAGUUUAUGUCCUUGUCGAACAGUUGCGACAUCAAGCAGUUCGCGAACAACCAUUUAUCUAUAAGUUCAAGUCAUUAUAUGCAAAGAAAGUUGAAGUUGCAGAUUAUCUGUUUCUCUCUCUAGCUAAGGUCGAACUAAAAGAUCAGGAGUUUACUCUUGUUGGAAUUCUGGGGAGUUGGUGGCUUUUGCCCCUAUCUUCAUGGCAAGAGGCGUCAUCUAUGCUUAAGAACAAAAUUUUGAAGAAUUUAAGCUAAAGAUUUCUAUUAUUGCUGGAUUCAUCUAUAUGUGUUGUAACGCAAAGCCAAAAUCUGUGGGAGUAAUCGAGCUUAUAUUACUCCAAUUGAUCGAGCAAUAAGCUAGCUCUUUAAUUUCUCCUGAACUGAGCUCAACGAUCUGUUUAUAUCUUUCUAGACAUGUGAACGCCUUCAAAAUUUUCAGACAUGUGCCUUACCUCAAGCUUUGGCGUGUAUUGGAUCCUCUAUUGUCAUUUCGUUGUUUUGGGUAAAUAGAGGAGGAGAGUUUGGCUUAGCUCUGCUUCUUGUUAUUUCGUUUAUUAUUACUUCAUUGGUGAAGUGAUUAAAUUAAUACAAGUGUGCGCUUCAAAUGAGAAGUGGACAGUUAUUUGAGUCUCGAACUUUGAAGAAUUGUGGACUAAUACCGGCAUUGUUGUUUUUGGGUGGCUGAUGUUAGUUAUGUUUAUUGCAAUUUACAAAAAUUUUA